AUGAGAUGUGAUUUUGUGAGCCGCAUCUCUUCCUUUGCACGUUAUCAACAAUACAAUAUUGACAAAAAAUAUUCCGAUACCGGGAGUCGAACCCGGGUUUGCUCGGUGAAAGCGAACCGUGCUAGCCGUUACACUAUAUCGGAUAUUUAUUGA